AUGGGUGUGCCAGCAUUUUUCAGGUGGUUAAGCAAAAAGUAUCCCUCAGUCAUAGUGUAUUGUGUUGAAGAAAAACCUAAAGUAAUCGAUGGAGUUAAAAUAUCAGUUGAUUCUCUACAACCAAAUCCUAAUGGAGUUGAAUUUGAUAAUUUGUAUCUUGAUAUGAAUGGAAUAAUUCAUCCUUGUACUCAUCCGGAAGAUAAACCUGCUCCUAAAAAUGAAGAUGAAAUGAUGAUUGAAAUUUUUGAUUGCAUUGACCGAUUAUUUUCUAUUGUUCGUCCUCGCAAACUUUUAUACCUAGCUAUAGAUGGUGUUGCUCCUCGAGCGAAAAUGAAUCAACAAAGAUCUAGAAGAUUUAGAGCUUCGAAAGAAAGUGCAGAAAAAAUUGAAGAAAUUACUAGAUUAAGAGAAGAGUUAUUAAACAAAGGUGCUUAUUUGCCACCUGAAAAGCCACAAGAGUCUCAUUUUGAUAGUAAUUGUAUAACUCCUGGUACACCCUUUAUGAAUCGGUUAUCAGCUUGUUUAGAUUACUAUAUUCAUGACAAAUUAAAUAAUGAUGCAGCUUGGAAAGGAAUUAAGGUAAUUUUGUCAGAUGCUAGUGUUCCAGGAGAAGGUGAACACAAAAUAAUGGAUUUUAUUCGUAAACAAAGAGCACAACCUGAUCAUGAUCCAAAUACUCAGCAUGUUUUAUGUGGAGCUGAUGCAGAUCUUAUAAUGUUGGGUUUGGCUACACAUGAACCAAAUUUCACAAUCAUUAGAGAAGAAUUCAGACCUAAUAAACCUAAGCCUUGUGAAAUUUGUUCACAACUGGGUCACGAUAUGAAAGACUGCAUAGGGUGCCCUAAACCACUAGAUGGAGAAAUGAUUGAAACUACUACAUUUGGAGAGGAAGUUCCCUUUAUAUUUGUCAGAUUGAGUGUAUUAAGGGAAUAUUUAGAAAAAGAACUUACCAUGCCUGGCUUACCCUUCAAAUAUGAUUUUGAAAGAGUGAUCGAUGAUUGGGUUUUCAUGUGUUUUUUUGUUGGGAAUGAUUUUUUACCCCAUUUACCUUCUUUGGAAAUUCGGGAAGGAGCCAUCGACAGACUUGUCAACCUUUAUAAAAAUUGUGUUUAUAAGACAGGCGGGUUUGUCACAGAUUCUGGUGAUGUUAAUUUAAAUAGAGUUCAACUUAUUUUAAAUGAAUUAGGCAAAGUAGAGGAUGAAAUUUUUAAACAUCGUCAACAAACAGAAUUGAUGUAUAAGCGAAGAAAUGCUGCAAAGAAAAGAAUUGCUUUGCAGUAUAAAAAUGAGAUACCUGCAUCUUUGCCAGUUGGUCAGUUUGCUCCUACUCCUCUGGGUCAGAAUUUUCAGCCACCUGCAAUUGUAAGUCCAAGGCAAACAGCCAGAGACAUGAGAAUCCAAGCUAGCCACUCAAAUUCUCAUAUUGAAGCACUUCUUAAAGAUGAGUCCUCUGAACGAAGGGGAAACAAAAGGCCUUUAAAAGAAGAUUCCAUGGAGGAGGAAGAAACAUACGAUGAAGUCCGUUUAUGGGAAGACGGAUUCAAGGACAGGUACUACGAAUCAAAGUUCGAUGUAAAAAGUGAUAACAUUGAUUUUCGGAUUCGGGUAGCUCACGAAUACGUCCGGGGAUUAUGUUGGGUUUUACGUUAUUAUUAUCAAGGUUGUGCAAGUUGGAAAUGGUUCUUUCCAUAUCACUACGCUCCAUUUGCAUCUGAUUUCAUCAAUAUAGGAAAUUUAUCGACUCAAUUUGAAAAAGGUACUCAACCUUUCAAACCAUUAGAACAAUUAAUGGGCGUUUUCCCACCGGCUUCAAGUUCGCACGUUCCCAAAUCGUGGGCUGUCUUGAUGCACGAUCCACUUUCUUCAAUUAUAGAUUUUUAUCCUCUGGAUUUUAAGAUUGAUUUGAACGGGAAAAAAUUUGCUUGGCAAGGAGUGGCAUUACUACCGUUUGUUGAUGAAAAGAGACUUUUUAGGGCUUUGGCGCCAUUAUACGAUUUACUUACUCCCGCCGAAAAGAUACGAAAUACUCAGGGAGAUGAUAAAAUCUACCUGGGAAUUAAUAAUAAAGGAUAUAGCUUUUUAAAAAAUCUAUACGAAUCUCAGGAAUCAACUCCAAAUGAGGCAAUUGAAAUUUGUUUUGAUGGAAUGAGAGGAAACGUUUUACAUUCAAAAGAUUUUAUAGGACAUCUUGAAACCUUACUGAGUCCAUUACGCGAUUUGCCUUCCAUUCACGAAAAUGUCGUUAUCAGCGCUCAUUAUAGAAACCCAAAUUAUUCUUCCGAUUUUAUAUUCAAAGCCAAGAGGUUGAAAGGAGUAGUUGAACCGCAACGUGUUCUCAAACCUGGUGACCUUAGCUUUGAACAAAACAGACAAUGGAGACCUCAAAUAGGAAUGGUACCUUCAACUAAAAAGGCUUUCGUAACUGACGCGGGUCAUCGUAUGCUGAACCAUUACAAUUACGAGAGUCGAAAUAGUGGAGGAUAUUCUUCAAACAGAGGAGGCAGAGUUAUGUCUUCAUAUAAUCCACAUUCUUCAUAUAACUUUCAAACACCGCAAUCACACGUUCAGGCAUACGGUUAUUCAACUGUUGGAUCUCCUAGGCAAAGUUAA